UGACGCGCCGUACGGGCCCGGACUGUCCUGCCCCAACAUGGCUUCUUUGCUGCAGUCCGAGCGGGUCCUGUACCUGGUGCAGGGAGAGAAGAAGGUUCGGGCCCCGCUCUCUCAGCUUUACUUCUGCCGUUACUGCAGCGAACUGCGCUCUCUGGAAUGUGUGUCUCACGAGGUGGAUUCCCAUUAUUGCCCUAGCUGUUUAGAAAAUAUGCCCUCAGCUGAAGCCAAACUGAAAAAAAAUAGAUGUGCCAACUGCUUUGACUGUCCUGGCUGCAUGCAUACCCUCUCUACCCGGGCAACAAGUAUUUCCACACAGUUACCAGAUGACCCAGCUAAGACCACCAUGAAGAAAGCCUAUUACCUGGCCUGUGGGUUUUGUCGCUGGACAUCUCGAGAUGUGGGCAUGGCAGACAAGUCUGUGGCUAGUGGUGGUUGGCAAGAACCUGAAAAUCCUCAUACACAGCGGAUGAACAAACUAAUUGAAUAUUACCAGCAACUUGCUCAGAAAGAAAAGGUUGAACGAGAUCGUAAGAAACUGGCACGACGUAGAAACUAUAUGCCUUUAGCUUUUUCGCAACACACUAUUCAUGUAGUGGACAAAUAUGGUCUUGGAACCAGACUUCAGCGUCCACGAGCUGGUGCAACAAUCAGUACUCUUGCUGGGCUUUCCCUUAAAGAAGGAGAGGAUCAGAAAGAGAUAAAGAUUGAUCCAGCUCAGGCUGUAGAUGAAGUGGAACCACUACCUGAAGACUAUUAUACAAGACCAGUAAAUUUAACAGAAGUGACUACUCUUCAGCAGCGCCUUUUACAGCCUGACUUCCAACCAGUUUGUGCUUCGCAACUGUAUCCUCGUCACAAACACCUUCUGAUUAAAAGAUCCCUGCGCUGCCGGAAAUGUGAACACAAUUUAAGCAAGCCAGAAUUUAAUCCAACGUCUAUCAAAUUCAAGAUUCAGCUGGUUGCUGUCAAUUAUAUUCCAGAAGUGAGAAUCAUGUCAAUUCCUAACCUUCGUCACAUGAAGGAGAGCCAGGUCCUCCUGACUCUCACGAAUCCAGUAGAGAACCUCACCCAUGUAACACUGUUGGAAUGUGAGGAAGGGGAUCCUGAUGAUAUAAACAGCACUGCCAAGGUGGUGGUGCCACCCAAAGAGCUUCUAUUAGCUGGCAAGGAUGCAGCAGCAGAGUAUGACGAGUUGGCCGAACCACAGGACUUUCAGGAUGAUCCUGACAUCAUAGCCUUCAGAAAGGCCAACAAAGUGGGUAUUUUCAUCAAAGUGACCCCACAACGUGAGGAGGGUGAAGUGACCGUGUGCUUUAAGAUGAAACAUGAUUUUAAAAACCUUGCAGCCCCCAUCCGCCCCAUGGAAGAAGGUGACCAGGGCACAGAAGUCAUCUGGCUCACCCAGCAUGUGGAACUCAGUUUGGGCCCACUUCUUCCUUAAAUGUUUCCCGUGGCAGGCAGAGUCUAAAGGAUAGAUUACCACAAACAUGUAUUAAAAUUUGGAAGCUACUAUUUAGGCCUUAUUUAUAACAGUGUAGUUAUUCUCGAUUGAAUCCUGUUCCAUGGAGAUAAGGUGGUAGAGGCCAGGUUUUGAGAACAUAGGCCAGUGGUGUUCCCCUUACUUUCAUUACUGUUAACACUAGUAAAUCUAUGUUUACCACACUGAAACUUGCACGCUGAAUAACAACAUUGUGGUUCACCCUAAGAGAGCAGAUGACUUAGAGUGGCGUUAGAUUUGCCACCUGAAAAACUGACCAUGCUGUCUUCAAAAUUAACCACAAAGGAUCACAGUCUCAGAUAAAAUUGGAAGAUAAAACAUUUUUAAAGCUUUUAUUGCUUUCUGCAUUCCAUUAGCUAUAACCUAGAAAUCUAAACAGACCCGUUCAGUUGACAUCAUGGUUUCAACUUUUCAUAAAUUUCUAUUUGAGGGGAAAAGUAAAUAUUAACUUAAUGUGUCUGAUUGAAAAAUAAUCUGCAAUUUUUAAGGUGCUCUCAUUUGGUCUUGACUCAUUGAAUACAAGAUCAUUAUCAACAGUAAUUAAAAGUUUUUCCAGUACAAUACUGAACUUUUAAAGAGAAUUUGAAAAGCAGAUAAUUGAUUAUAUGUUAUGCCAAAGGUGGGGGCAAGGGAGAGAUGGAGGAGGGUUGUAAAAAUGCCUUUUUAAUUUAAAUGCUAAUAUCCCUGGGUUAAUUACUACUAGAAAGCAAUUUUUAUAUGUCUCACUCCUUUUCCUUUUCUUCUCUGGCUCUUUAAAAUCAAUAAAUUGGGAACCUGAGUGAUAGCACAGUGGUAGGGCAUUUACCUUGCACACGGCAGAUCUGGGACCAACCUGGGUUCGAUCUUCAUAAUCCUAUAUGGUCCCUUGAGCCUGCCAGGAGCAAUUUCUGAGCACAGAGCCAGGAGUAACCCCUGAGCACUGCUGGGUGUGGCCCAAAAACCAAAAAUAAAUUAAAAAAAUAAUAAACUCAGUAAAUUGUGCUGUGUAUUUGGGACCUGGGAAAAGCCCAAUGAAAUUUGAUAGAAAAGUUCUCUUGUGGAAUGCAGAAAACAUGAGGCUAUAUUUUUAGCAUGGUUUGAAUGGAUGUUAUUGCCAUUGAAUUAAAACAACUAUA